AUGCCACUCGUCGCCUGCGGCUCGAACGGGUCCGGCCAGCUCGCAAUAGGCCACGACGAGGACGUCUCGUCGUUCACGCCGUGCGUGUUUGACCCAUCGUGCCCAACCUGGGCUGUGAGCGAGGACUGUGAGAUUGUCGACCUCGUCUCGGCCGCGUCGCAUGCGCUCCUCCUCAUCCGUCUCCGGUCUCAGGAUCCAGCAGCCACACCACGCAACGUCCUCCUGGGUGCUGGAACGAACACCCACGGCCAGCUGGGCCUGCGCUGUGCGCUUACAGACUCGCCAACGGUAGCUACCUCCUUUCGUCCCUUCUCCCUCGCUCGCGACGCUGGCCUCGACGAUACAUGGGAGCCGGUCAAGGUGGCUGCGACCUGGACCACGAGCUUUGUCGUGUAUGAAAGACAAGGACACCACGCUACUGGCCCGUUUCCAGAGCAGGUGGUCGUCGCUGGGGGCUCAAACGACUUUGGCGAGAUCGGCGUGGCCCCGUCCAAGCCUGCCGUCAUGCGAGUCGACGCCGCGCUGCAGGACGGCGAAUGGGUCGAACAUCUCCACGGUGGACAGCGACAUGUCGUGGCCGUGGUCAGCCACGGACAUGGUGACAACCGCACGCAGCGCGUGGUUGGGUGGGGCGCCGCGCGGCGCGGCGAGCUCAGCGCCGUGCCCUUGCCUCCGCCGACGAGAGGGACCAAGGGUAAAGGCAAGGCUGUCGCGACACCGACGACACUCCCGCCGACGCCCAUCAACCUCGCCAUCCCUAGCGGAACACACGUUAUCGACCUCGCGCUCGGCGCUGCUCAUUCCAUUGCACUGUGCGCAAACGGCACCGUUCUCGCGUGGGGCAGCGAUGCAAAAGGCCAGAUCACUGGCCUCACGUCCUCCUCUUCCUCCCUGUCCUCCCCCUCCUCACUCCCCAGCAUGAUCACCCAUGUACGCUGCAUCGGUGCGACAUGGGGUGGCAGCUACUUGCUCACUGGCGACGCAAUAUGGUCCCAGGGGGGCAACACCCACGGCCAGCUGCUGCGCCAUACGCCAGCGGACGCCAAUUCGGGCGCGAGCCGGGCCGACGACCACGACAAUAACGCUGCUGCCCGCGGUCCCGUCCUCCUCCCUGACCAUGACGCUGUUACAUCAGCCCUCGUUGCCGGCAGCGAGCAUGUGCUUGUUGUGGCCGAUGGUGGCAAGACACUCUACACUGGAGGCUGGAACGAGCACGGCAACUUGGGAGUGGGUGACACGGUGGACCGUGGGCGCUUGGUGCCUGCUGGCGUCGGACAGGGCCUCGACUCUGGAGCCCGGACGAUUGUACGAGUGUGGGGAGGGUGUGCCGCGAGCUGGGUGUGGACUCGAUAG